AUGGCCGCCAACGGCCAGCCGGCGGCGGCGGCCGCCACCAUCGACGACCUCCCUGAAAACCUGCUGCUCGAUAUCUUCCUCUGCCUUCCCUCCCUCUCGGAUCUCGUCCGCGCCGCCUGUACCUGCCUGCCCUGGCGCAACCUGGUGACCAAUUUCCCCCCCUUCCGCCGUCAAUUCAUUGACCUCCACCCAGCGCCCCUCCUCGGCCUCUUCUUCGACACACCGUUUCCACAUGUCCCUCAUAAUGGCUUCCCCCACAUCCCCGCCUUCGCCCCCGCCCGCCGGAAUGAUCCAGAGCUCGUGGCCGCCAUCUUGAGCGGUGACUUUUUCCUCACCACCCUCCAGGCGCGCGAUGGCCCGGAAGCUAACUGGAUCGUCUACGACGCCCGUGGCGGCUACCUUCUCCUCAAGAAACUAGGCGAGCUAUUGCUCGCGGUGCUAAACCCCUUGGCACGGUGGUGCGAACGGUUCUUUGAUCUGAGUGACGCCCACAUCUUCGACGACGACGACGACCGCGAAGGCGAUGGUCAGUUCCUUCACGCCGGCCUGAUCUGCGAUGACGAAAACCCCGAGAGCUUUCGCAUCUUCUGUCUUGUUGCCCAUGGAAAGUUCAGGUUGCGGGCUGCGGUCUUCUCCUCAUUCUUGGGAAUAGGCGGCGAUUGGUUCCUCUCCCCAUGGUUGGAUGUCCCGCCCCCCGACCCGGAAGGCGGCCAAGGUGAUCUUUUGCCUGAGAGCGGCAUGCGAGUGGGUAAUUUCAUCUACUGGCCAUAUCGGAAUCGUUUGUAUGUGGUUGUCUUGGAUCCCGACCCAAACAACCCGCUAUUGUUUGUUGAGAUGAUCCCACCUCUCCUGAAUCUGGAUGGUUUUCCCAGCUCGAUCCUUGGCCAAAUUAACGGCGAUAACAUGUGCAUUGCUUAUUCAAAUGGAUUCAACAUUGGUUUCAUGCUGCGUCAAGAAGAUGGCCUUGAUGCUGGGGCAUGGGUUAACAUCAGGGUAUUCAACCUGACUGAUAAAGUUCGACGGAAGCUUGGGCACUUACCCAAUGGGCUGGAAAUUGCGGCAAUGCGGGGUAGCAUAGUGUACUUCACAACAUCACACAUGUUCCAUCCGCUCGAGGCCACUUGUUGGUUCGCUUGUCUGUGCUUGGAAAGUCGCAGGCUGGAGUGGUUGUUUCCAAGGACGUAUAAUGGUCUCUUCCAACCAUACCACCAUUCAUCGUGGAGUACUUUUCUGUUACCAGAGAAUGAAAGAUUUUAUCCCUUCAUAUGAGGAAUGAUGACAACCAGAGAAGGAUAUUCUGUGAAAAGCAUUGCCUUGUUCUCCUACUGAA